GGAGAGCUUUGAAAGGGAACUUUUGCAGCGGGUUACAUUUGCAGUCACCUCGGUGUUUGCAAAUAUUGAGUAGGCUUCUCAGCAACUAUCUUCUGGAGAGAGAGCGAGCCCCAGGAGUGGAAAGCAGGCUCGACAGCAGCGUUGGGGAGACUCUGCAAAAGCAAAACAAAAAGCGAACACCACCACCACAAAAGCCAACCAGCCAAAAAGCGAGGGGCAAAAGAGCCCUGAUAUAUUGCUGUGCAAUUAAACUUUGCAUGAAACUUUGCUUUUUUAUUAUUUAAAAAUAUAUACAUGUUAUAUAUAUAUAUAGAUAUAUAUAUAUAAGACUUCGUCUGAAAUACUGAACAGGAAUUUAAUAUAUAUCUAGCGGUAGAUUGCUAUUAUUAUUUUUUCCCUAAAGGUACUUUCUUCUGGGUAUAUAUAUAUAUAUAUAUAUAUAUACAUUUUUUUUUCGUGAUUUUUGUUUUGAUUUUGGUGGUCUUCUUUUCUCUGGAGGAGGAGGAGGAGGAAGUGAGACUUUGUAAAUAGCUGGUCGUCUUUCUGUCACCAUCACCUGCCGCCGCGAUUACAGCCGAGAGCCGCAGCCGAGACCUCCAUAGCGUUGCUCCGCUCUUCCCGUCCUGCUCUCGCCCUUCUCACCUGCGGAAAAAGACCCCGCGAUCGGACGCUGCCUUCGCGGAGGCUCCCUCCGGCAACUUUCUUCCCCACCCGUCCCCCCUCCCCCCACGAAAGGCAUGGAUGUACUUCCAAUGUGUAGCAUCUUUCAGGAACUCCAAAUUGUCCACGACACUGGUUACUUCUCCGCCUUGCCAUCUCUGGAGGAAUACUGGCAACAGACUUGCUUAGAGCUGGAGCGAUACCUGCAGAGUGAGCCCUGCUACGUGUCUGCCUCUGAGAUAAAAUUUGACAGUCAGGAGGAUUUGUGGACCAAAAUUAUUUUGGCACGAGAGAAAAAGGAGGAAUCUGAACUGAAGACAGCAAGUGCUCCAAAGGAGGACCACCUCAAUAGCCAGAGUUUAGAGACUAACAGUUUGAAUUCUGAUAUCAGUAGCGAAUCUUCAGACAGUUCCGAGGAACUUUCUCCUACAACAAAAUUUACCUCGGAUCUCAUAAGUGAUGUCUUAGGCUUGGCCAGUGCUGGAAACUUGAGUUCGUCUGUCACUUCUACUCCUCCUUCUUCCCCUGAACUGGGCAAGGAGCCAUCUUCUCAACCAUGGAAUUGUGCCCCCAGUGAGUUGCAUUCGCCUGGCAAAAUCCGUACUGGUGGAAAGACUGUUGAAAAGGGUACCCUGGUCAGUGGGGACGCCUCUCCUGAUGGGAGGAGGCGAGUUCAUCGGUGCCACUUCAAUGGGUGCAGGAAGGUUUAUACCAAAAGUUCACAUCUGAAAGCACAUCAGCGUACCCAUACAGGAGAAAAGCCUUACAGAUGUUCAUGGGAAGGUUGUGAGUGGCGUUUUGCAAGGAGUGAUGAGCUAACCAGACAUUUCAGAAAGCACACGGGUGCAAAACCUUUUAAAUGUAAUCACUGUGACAGGUGCUUCUCCAGGUCUGAUCAUUUGGCUCUUCACAUGAAGAGGCAUCUCUGAAUGAGUGGAGAGCUUGAAUCCUGUGGGCUAAGAGGCUUCGAGGUCAAGCUGGCCUUGGAAGAAGGGAUGCAUAUUCCAGCCAAAGCAUGCCAUUUUGCACCCUAACUCAGUUGCCUCCAGGCCCUCUCUUCCUUGGAAGGUCUUCAGAGGGCUGACAAGUCACGUAAGAAACGGCUGCAGUGACCAUAUGGUGCAGGUCUCCAGUCCUGGGGACCCAACCUUCCGAAUGGCUUCCGACACCUUCUGCCGUGAGCGCACUGAGAGUGUUAAUGAUUGGACGACUGUGUGUUAUGGAGGAUCUACUGGACGACUGUAUGCUGAGGCACAUUUUUAAAAAAAAUGAAAAAAAACAUUUGUUCCUUGUGGUUGUUUUAUAACCGUAAGAGAGAAAAGGUUGUCUGAACGUGGGAUUUUUUUAAUUUCUUUUUUUUUUUAAUUUCUUUUUUUAUGGGGGGCGCAUGUGAGGAGUGUUAUGUAAGAUGGAGGGAUGCUCAUCAUUUUGAUGGGGGAGGGGGAAAUGGUGUCUGCACCUUUUUCUUUUAUUUUGGUUUCUGAAGGGGGAGAUGGAAGGGAAGGAAGGAAAAUCAGGACAGAGAAAUGUAGGCAUGGGCCCCUAUCCUGUGUGAAAGGAGCUUUUGGUGUCUGGUCCAGCUAUUAAAUGUGCAAUGUCUCAAGUAGCUUGUUUGACUUGCUACGGAGUUCAUUUGUAAUCCAUUGUAUAAGCUGUGUAUUUACAAUAUAACACAACCUAUAACUUUUUUCAUUAUAAUACAAAGGUUAUUGCAUGGUUCUGGAGAACUAGAUGCUUUUCCAUUCUUUAAUCAGGACUGCCAUUUCUCUCUCUCUCUCUCUCUCUCUCUCAAUUCCAGUUAAAAGCUGCUGCAAUGCAAUUGGUUUAAUGUUACAUAACAUGCCAACCCCAAAUAGUGUUUUUUUUUCUUUAAUUAUUUUCUAUUUUGUCCUGUUGGGUGGAUAAAACCACUGUAAGUUAGAAAUGGAUAUUUAAAAAGAAAAACAACAAAAACUCAUGCAGCUGUUCCCCUCACCCCCUCCAACACCUUCCUUCUUCUCUUUUAUUUAUGCCUUGAAGUCUAAUUUCUGGUUUUCUACCUGUUAAUGCACUGUUGACCUUAAUAAUGGUGCCUUAUGCAAAUUGAACUUCUCUUUUGGGAGGUCUUAUACAGGGGUAUGAAUGAUAUAUGCUUUAUUAAGGCUCUCUUUUCACCUGACACUUGUACUGUAUCUAAUGUACAUUAUGAAGAGGUGGGAAGAACAUCAUCUGGUGUUCAGGGUGAUCCUCAGUGUUUCCAUGUAGAGAAGCCCCCAUAUAGACAUCUAUACUAAAACUUUCAUGGCAUAAUCCGACCAGUUCUAGCAACGAAUGCAUCCCUGGGUCCAUCUUUUCACAAGGUUGAUCUUGCACAACCUGUCCCUUUCCUGCGUCCCUCUCCCUUCCUGUUCAAGAAAUUAAUGAAAACA